GCUUUUAGAGAGACCAUCUAUUCACAACUAAAUAGCGGAACCUGGUUUUCUCUCGUCUCGACUGUCGUCUUUACGUUCUUCAAGGGCCACGAAAGUUUCCAAAAGCGCGGUAUUCCUGGGUUCAUCGCGGCAUACAUUCUCAUCCCAUGGUUCAUCGCUCUGACUGCAUUGUGGAAGUACGCCAAAGGAGACCCUAUCGUACCACUGGAGCGCAUCGACUUGAUCGACGGACGACGAGAAAUUGACCUAGAAGAAGAAAAUUACCACCAAUGGAAGAACACACGCGAAAAAGUGUCGCUAUGGGACAGGAUUAUGGCUCGGGCUUGA